CUUGUUACUACGAACAACAAAACAAUAUGUCGGAUGGCAGAAAUAUAAUUAUAUUGAAUUUCAAUAAUGUUUUUGGGCUUUUUCGUGGAAAAACAUUCAACGAAAGGACAGAAAUUUAUCGUAUAGUAUGUCAUCAUUCAGUAUGAAUCCAUUUUAAGGCAUUAAGACCUCUGAUAUUUUACAAAAGUCGCCUUUUUGAACGGAUUUGUACUGUUGUUUUCAAAGCUGAAUUCUGUACAGACGUCAAAAUACUUUGAUUAAUUGUCAGGUAUCGGAUCAAAGCAGUGGGUAUACUAUAUUGGAUGUUGGUAUUUUGGUGAAAUUAUCUUGAAAUAUUGCUAUAUUCACUGGCUAUUAACGGUGUUGAAUAAGGACAGGCAAAGUGAAUAUUUUUACAGAAGAUAUUUAUCAGUUAGAAUAUGACACAAGUGGAUGAUAUACAAAGUUUUAUUGCUGCACAAAAGAGGAGGAUUGAAGAAGAACGAGCUGGUUUGAGUCAACCAAGUAUUGAUCAUCGAGAUGUGAGUGAAAUAUGGCAACAUUUUAAGACCCAUUUACACAAUACAACUAGUCGUAUAUGUGGUCAUCCUGGUGUAUGAAAGCAACUGCUAACGCCACUAUAUUCCUAUUCAUCAGUUUCAUUAUGAUGAAAUUUGAAAAUGUGACAUCUUUACAUGCGUUUACUCGAGUACAUACGCCAGGAUAAGAAUCAUAUACAACUAGUUGAAUGUAUUGGCGGGAAGUUAGUAGGUGACAAAGGGCCUUCGCUCGAUCGAGACAUUGAAGUUCUCCCAGUUGUAUCCCUAUCAAUCUGAAGCUUUCUUAUUUAUUUAUAUCUGUUUGCAGGUUGCUCAAUUGAAUUAUGAAAAAGAUUAUAAAACACCACAAAACAAUAGUACUAAGUGAGUAUGACUAGGCGUAAAAAAAAAUACCUGUGGUUCCGGUUCCCAACCAACCCUAUUUUUUUCUGUCGACCCUAUUAUUUUUUCAACGUGAUUGACCGUGCGACCCUAUUUCCUCCAGGUGGUUGCAGGCUGCUCAUACAGCAUGCCAAAAUGGCGUCUGUUGUCACAAUAAUUAUUGAACCAAAUUGCCUCAAUUCGUCCAUAGGAAAUACGCACCUCUAGUUAAUAUUGAUGUCGGGACUCUACUGCAAAUCGCCCAGCAAAAAACCGGCAAAACCAUGAAAAAAAUAUUAAAAAAAAAAAUUAUUUCCGACCUACCGACCCUAAUUUCUUCACGAUAUGAAACCGGAACCACAGGUAUUUUUUUGUACGCCCUAUGUAAAUGUUAUGUAAACUAUAGAAGAUAUAUGAAGCACAUGUAUGACUUAAGUAACUUGUCUCAGUAGCAUAGCCAGGGUUUAGAAAGUGAGGGGGACAAGUUGAGUGCCAAAGGCGCAAAAAAUCUGGGGGGUGGGGCAUGCCUACCCUGGGAAAAAUUUGAAAUUCAGAGCCUAUGAAACCCCAUUUCGUGCAUUUUGGGGUAAGAUUUUACAAAAUUCAGAAGAUUAUAACAUCAUAAAAUACACCAAAAAUAUUACAUUUUAAGACUUUGAACUAUUUAAUUUUAAAGUGAGAGGAUUCAGAAGAUUAUAACAUUAUAUAAAAAUAUACACGAAAAAUAGUACAUUUUACGACUUUGAACUAUAUGCAAUUUUCCUAAUUUUCCUAUUUACAAUGGUAGCUUUCUGUUUUUAGCUAAAAAUUGGAUCAGUAUUGGCCGCCAGUUUCUCAACAAAUUUAAACAUUGGUUCUGAAGGAGUGUGGGGGAGACUCAUCCCCCCAGUCCCCCCCCCUGGUGCACAUAAUAUGAUUUUGUUUGGCUGAUUUUUUUUGUGUGGUUUUGAGGUACUUCAAAACUGUCCUGUACUGUUAUGGGUUGUUUUGUGUACAUUUGUAAAUAAAAAUGUCUUGUCUGUGUUUGUAAAUUUAGUGUCACAAGGCAAGAGCAACCAAAAGGUAAAACAUUUUGUUUGUUAACAAUAGUAGUGUAAUAUCUGUGAAAUAAUUAACCCAUCAUAUAUAUACUGAGUAUGCCAAGAAUCUUUCCUUUCACAAGUAAAAUUAUAAAGUGACUUAAGAAAGAAAGUAUGGUGCAUCAGAGCAUAUUGCACUUUAAUAUAUUUUACAAAUUCCUUCAUAAGUAAAACUAUCUCGGGUUGGACAGAAUGAAGUAAUAUAAUAUAAUCAGGGCAGGGAUGGAUCCAGCAUGAUCUGGGGGGGGGGUGCUCUGCCAGCUCUGGUGCCGAGUUGUGUCGGUCAUGUGUGCCGCCCGCCCAUCAACUUGCUGGACUACUGCAAAGUCUUGCCCGACUACUGUAUUUGAAUUGUAAUUGUUGUUCACAGUUUGCUUAUCAUCAUGUUAUUACUCAAAUUACUGUAUCUCAUUUUGUCUCUAAUAAUUUUUUGCUUUAUCAUGAAAAAUAACACACACACCCCCUGCACCCCCUCUGGUCAGGGCUAGGGGGUGCACACCUCCCCGCACCCCCCAGUAAAUCCAUCCCUGCAUUGCAGUUUAAUGGGUUGAAUAGUUUAUAUUGUCAUGUUUAGCACCAAAAGAAGAUACCUCUUCACCUGGCGGGCUCCAGUUGGGUGCAUAUGAGAAUGUUCAGGAAAAAUUACGAAAGGAAAGAUCUGAAGAAUAUAGGAAAUUUCUGGCUGAGGUACAAUACACCCUUCUGGAAAGUUUGUCACUUUGGCAAAAGAUCCUCGUUUUCAUGUCAGGCACGAAAACAAGACUUUAUUGCCAAAGUGAGAUAUACUUUCCGGAAGUGCGUAAUAUGACACUGCACAUCAGUGUUGACUACAUUGCAUGAAAAGUGUGUUUUAAUUUAUUUAUUACAUUGGUCUACAUCAGUUGCAAAUUUUUUUAAAUGUUUAGAAGAAUUACAGAGCAACUGGUCAAAAAUCUCCUAGAGACCAACCACCAGAAAAGGUAUGACAAAAGGUUUGAAUAUUAAAAAUAUUGUGUAGCAUUGUAUGUCAUUCAGUGAACGUUUGUUGCACGCUUGUAUUUGCAGCCAUCAAUGAAAAGUGUACUUAAGCAAGACUAUGGAUCACCCAGAGCUGCUCAAGCAAAGCCUGCGUUAUUUAAUGGUGACUUUCAUGAUUCACAGGUAAUUGCACUUUGUUUAAUUGUGAUUAUACUGUGUAGCGUUGUUGAAGAGAUCAUAAAAAAUAUUGCAUAAGUUUAUUAUGGGUCGUUUUUUUCAGCAUCGGUUGUUUUCAGUGUCCAGGGUUUCCAGAGUUAUUCCUUUCAGGCUUCGGGUUUUCAGCGUCAUUGUUUUCAGGAUCAUUUGCGUUCAGGAUCGGUUGUUUUCGGCGUCGGUGUUUUUAAGCUCGGUGUUUUCAGAGUCGGAGUUUUCAGGGUCGGUGUUUUCAGCAUCGGUUGUUUUCAGGCUCGGUGUUUUCAGGGUUGUUUUCAAAUCCCAAAAUACGCUUAUCAUGCUUCUGAGUACAUAUCUACCCAUUGCACAUGAUGUCACAGCGCCGGUGACGAUGCAUCUGGAGGACAAAUUAGCAAUCUAUUCAUAAUAUAACUUUUGUAAACAAAACAACUUUUUAAAAGUUUAUAAUAAUUUUGUAUUAAAAUGGUUAAUUUGUGUACUGUAUGUGGUUGUUGUACCCAAACAGAUAUUAUUAGGGAGCAUCUGGAGGACAUUCUAAGGAUUUGUGACAUCAGUGCAAUGGGUCUAUUUUAUUGUACAUGAGUGAUUUUUAAAUCUGUUCAUUUUUGUUUCUCAUUCUCGAUUUUCAGAGAAGACUCUUAGAUAACUCAUCAGAUCAACGAAAUAUGCGGCAAGGUAUGAUGACAAUUCCUCUAUUAAGUUUGUCAAUGUUUAACAUCAAGCUUGAUAUACAGUAAGUGUAGUUUUUCAACAGCCUUUGAUAGCUUUUGAUGUGCUUAUUCUAGCUCCACGGGAUCGGCCUCAAAAGACAUUGGACGAGUUAUACGAUGCAUAUGAAGAACUCCUGGAGAGGAAACGGCAAGACGAAAAAAGAUACAGGUCAGCAGGGAUGGAUCCAGCAUGAUCUGGUAGGGGGUGUGGUUUGCCAGCUCUGGUGCAGAGUUGUGUCUGAGGGUCUGAAAAGUCUGAGGGUCUAAUCCAUUGUCCGAGAGAAGCCGAUAAAUGUCCGAUUAGUUUUUCUUGGCUGGACAUUCGUCCUUCCAAGCAAAAUAAUUAUUUGUAGGUCUGCAGUGUACUAUUGAGUUAUAUUGAUAGGCCAUGUUUUGGUUUCAUUUUUUAGAGGUGCCGGUAACGUGGACGAUCCAUACCUGAACUCGAGGUAAAUCUGACUGUCUGGUCAAGCUACCGAAUUAGAGCACUUGAAUAAGAUAUGAUUGACACCAUUUGCUAUCUUAUACGAUGUGUAAUAUUUGUUAUUCUGAGUCAUUUGUUUACCUCAUUCAACCAUUAUUUUAAUGUUUCAUGCAAUUUUCUUUUUCAGACACGUACGUUUUAACGAUGAAACUGGUUAUAAAACGCAAAGUCAAAGAGAGUAUGUAUCCAAACUUUGAACAGUUUAUAACAGAGGCGCUUACUAAGCAAAGCCGGAUUUUGGUGGAAAUAGUGGGGGAGGUGAAAAAAAUAGGGGAGGUGCAGCAGUCUAGCUCACAACCCCCAUGGAAAGUUAGGGCAAAGAACGGGCCAAAAUUAACGACGUGAUGUAUGCAUGUAGUGUACAUAUGUAUCAGUGUAUUAAUGAAUUAUGACUGUAGAACUCAUCCGAUUUUGCCCUUCAUUACAAUUACUACAAAGUUUCUUUCAAAACAUUGCAUUAGAAGGGUACUUGACACAGAGAUGAAUGGCUAUCACUGUUUCAAUUUUACAGAAAAACUUUCUUACGAAGUGUAGACCGUAAGCAACCAAAAAAUGUCAAAUUUUCACUUUGAUCUAUCAUUGAAACUUUCUCAAGGGGAGGUGCAUGACUUUUCAGGGGAGGUGCAAAAAUUCUCAGGGGAGGUGCAAAACGAUCUCAGGGGAGGUGCGCACAUCCCCACACCUCCCCUCAAAAUUCUGCCAUGUUACCAAGGUCUAGUGGAUUUUGGUUUGAUCUAGGACUUUAUAUAAUACAUUAAUUACAUUUCUAGACCAUGGCUUGAGAAUGGUAGUCGACGGCGUUGGGGCCAUCCUGACAAGGAAUUCGACCGUGGAAGGAGAUACAGUAAUAGUGAUCACGCAGAUUCGAGAAAUGUAGAGGAUUUCCAAGAAAGAUCACGUGGCAGGAGACAAGAAGUUCCAGAGGACAGAGUGUCCAGAUCUGCCCCACCCACAGCUGUACCACUGAUCGGAGGUAAAA